AUGACGACUCCAAAAACCCUCCAAACCGUCCAUCUCAUCGAAUGUGGUAUCGGCGUCUUCCUGAAUUUCGUGGCCAUCUACCUAAUUCUCAACAAAACCAGCAAAGUCGUUGGCAAAUACUCGAGAUUACUGCUAUGUUUUUGCCUUGGCAAUUUGAUCCUCGCAGUGUCGGAUUGUCUGAUAGUGCCGAUUACACUUGUUUCGGAGCGUACCUACUUACUUGUCACGACAUCAGAUUUCAUCGAGAAUGAAGCAGUUGUCUACUACCUUCUAGUGCUCUAUUGCACGACAUUCAGCCUGGCCAUCGUAUUGUUAAUGUGCCAAUUCGUGUACAGAUAUGCGGCUGUCUGCAGAAACUCCGUGGUCGCCAAUAUGCAACCAACUAAAGCGGGAAUUUUGUGCCUUGCCGCCGUUGUCGUACUUUGCUCGAUUUGGGCGGCCAGCUCUCACUUUGCCGCCGGAUGCUGGACGGCUGGGAAGGAAGUGCUCGUGCAAGCAAAUCGUGUCUAUUCCGAGCGAUUCCAGAUGACCGAUCUACAAAAACCUGCUCGACAGCAAGACGGUCAGCGUCCGGACCAGGAAUUUGCAGAAGGAGCUAUUUGUGGCGUUGGUUGUACAGGUUAUCAUCCCCUUAUUCUGCAGCUAUAUCCCGCUAGCAUGCGUGCUAUUAUCGUCAAUGUUUGGAUUACCAAUAAAUAUCGAGCCGGUCUGCUUCUUGGUUGUUUU